CAGGGACUGUACGUGGAAAAGUUAUGGUGCUUUAUUUCGCCCACUGGUCACGGUAGUAUUUCCAGUGUUUCUACCAGUUCAAUGUUGUCUCUAAUAUUGUGUGGCAAAACCGAUACCAGUGAUUUUUAUUCUGCCUGUGUAUGCUUUUUAACAUUUCUUCAGGGGUUUGAACGGGGCAUGACUGCGCAAGCGCGUGGAGGUCGGCCAGUGAGAACAGCGGGAAGAUUUUAAAAAGAACACAGCUAUACAGAGCGGACGAAGGUGUAGAGAUAGACAGAGUAGGAAGGCUUUGGCUCAACGGGGCUUAGGCGAUAAAGGAUCGAGGUGAGGUAGGUUAUCUGUGUUGAAUGCAAACAAAAUAUGUGUGUGAGGCCGGUUUUCUGUGCUCGGUAUCAGAUGUGGGAGGUCCUGGGGACUCCCAGCCUCCCGGACGACCACAUCUGCACCAGGUGCUUCGAGCUGCAGCUCCUUAGGGACCACGUUAGGGAAGUGGAGAUGCAGCUCGAUGACCUUCGUUUGGUCAGGGAGAGUGAGGAGGUGUUAGAGAGGAGCUGUAGGGAGGCAGUCACCACGGGAUCCCAGAAGACAGAGAAGUGUGUAACAGUCAGGAGAGAGAAGAGCAAGAGGCAGAUGAUAGAGAGCACACCAAUGGCUGCCCUCCUUAACGAUAAGUACUCCUGUUUGACUACUGUUGGGGGAAAUGGCAUACCUGGGGGAAGCAACAGUGGUCAAGCCUCUGGCACAGAGUCUGGCCCUGUAGCUCAGUAGGGUAGGGAAAGGAAGAGGCUGGCAAAGGAAGAGGAUAGGGGACUCGAUAAAUAGGGAAUCAGACAGGCCAUUCUGUUGACGUAGAAAUGAAACGCGGAUGGUAGCUUGUCUCUCAGGUGCCAGGGUCCGGGAUGUUUCUGAUCGUGUCCACGAUAUCUAGAAAUGUGAAGGAGAACAGCCAGAGGUUGUGGUACAUAUUGGUACCAAAGACAUAGGUAGGAAUAGGGAGGAGGUCCUGAAAACUGACGACAGGGAGAUAGAAAAGAAGUUGAGAAGCAGGACCUCAAAGGUAGCAACCUUGGGAUUUCUGCCCAUGUCACGUGACAGUGAGUGAGGAUAGAAUGAGGUGGAGGAUAAAUGUGUGGCUGAGGGAUUGGAGCAGGGGGCAGCAAUUCAGAUUUCUGGAUCAUUGGGACCUCUUCAGGGGCAGGUGAGACCUGUGCAAAAAAGAUGGGUUGCACUUGAAUCCGAGGGGGACCAAUAUCCGAAGGUUUCCUAAGGCUAGUGGGGAGAGUUUAAAAUAAAAUUGUUGGGGCGUAGGAACCAAACAGAAGUGACAGAGGAAAAGGAGGUUGGCUAACAAACAGAGAAAGCUUGUAGACAGUGCGAAAGGGAGGAUAGGCAGAUGAUAGAGAAGGGACGCGCUCAGACUGAUGGUUUGAGAUGUGUCUAUUUUAAUGCAAGGAGUAUUAUGAACAAAGCCGAUGAGCUUAGAGCGUGGAUCAGCACUUGGAGCUGUGAUGUUGUGGCCAUUACAGAGACUUGGAUGGUGCAGGGGCAGGAAUGGCUACUUCAAGUGUCAGGCUUUAGAUGUUUCAGAAAGGAUAGGGAGGAAGGCAAAAGCGGUGGGGGCGUAACACUGUUGAUCAGAGAGAGUGUCACGUCUGCAGAAAAGGAGAAAGUCAUGGAGGGUUUGUCUACGGAGUCUCUGUGGGUGGAAGUUAGAGAUAGGAAGGGGUCAAUAACUCUACUGAGUGUUUUUUACAGACUACCCAAUAAUAACAGGGACAUAGUAGACCAGAUAGGGAGACAGAUUCUGGAAAACAGUAAUAAUAACAGGGUUGUUGUGGUGGGAGACAUUAAAUUCCCAAAUAUUGCUUGACAUCUCCCUAGAGUGAGGGACUUUGAUGGGGUAGAGUUUGUUAGGUGUGUUCAGGAAGGUUUCUUGGCACAAUAUGCAGAUAAUCAUAGAAGAGGAGAGUCUGUACUUGAUUUGGUAUUGGGAAAUGAACCUGGUCAGGUGACAGAUCUCUUAGUGGGAGAACAUUUUGGAGAUGGUGAUCACAAUUCUAUCUCCUUUACCAUAGCAUUGGAGAGGGAUAGGAACAAACAAAUUAGAAAAGUUUUUAAUUGGAGUAAGGGGAAAUAUGUGGCUACCAGGCAGGAACUUGGAAGCAUAAAUUGGAAGCAGAUGUUCUCAGGGAAAUGUACGGAAGAAAUGUGGCAAAUGCUGAGGGGUUAUUUCCGUGAGGUACGUUCUAAAGAGCCAUGGAAAGGAUGGUAGGGUGCAGGAACCGUGGUGUAAAUCUAGUCAAAAAGAAAAGAAGAACUUACGAUUGGUUCAAAAAACUAGGUAAUGAUAGGAAUCUGGAAGAUUAUAAGUCGAGCAGGAAAGAGCUUAAGAAUUAAAUUAGAAGAGCCAGAAGGGGCCAUAAGAAGACCUUGGCGGAUAAGAUUAAUGAAAACCCCAAGGCAUCCUACAGUUAUGUGAAGAGCACGAGGAUAAGUCGUGAGAGAAUAUGAUCAGUCAAGUGUGACAGUGGAAAAGUGUGUAUGGAAAUGAAGGCGAUAACAGAGGCACUUAAUGAUUACUUUGCUUCAGUAUUCACUACGGAAAAGGAUCUUGCCGAUUGUAGGGAUGACUUGCAGCAGACUGAAAAGCUUGAGCAUGUAGAUAUUAAGUAAGAGGAUGUGCUGGAGCUUUUGGAAAGCAUCAAGUGGGAUAAGUCUACGGGAUCGGAGGGGUGUAACCCAGGCUACUGUGGGAAGCAAGGGAGGAGAUUGAUGUGCCUCUGGCAAUGAUCUUUGCAUCAUCAACGAGGACGGAAGAGGUUCCGAAGGAUUGAAGGGGUGCGGAUGUUGUUCCCUUAUUCAAGAAGGGGAGUAGGGAUAACCCAGGAAAUUAUACACCAGUGAAUCUUAAUUCAGUAGUUGGUAAGUUGAUGGGGAAGAUCCUGAGAGGCAGGAUUUAUGAAUAAUUGGUGAGGCAUAAUAUGAUUAGGAAUCGUCAGCGUGGUUUUGUCAAAGGCAGGUCAUGCCUUACGAGCCUGAUUGAAUUAUUUGAGGAUGUGACUAAACACAUUGAUGAAUUUAGAGCAGUAGAUGUACUGUACAUGGAUUUAGCAAGGUAUUUGAUAAGGUACCUCAUGCAAGACUUACUGAGAUAGUAAGGAGGCAGGGUAUCCAAGAGGACACUGCUUUGUGGAUCCAGAACUGGCUUGCCCACAGAAGGUAAAGAGCGGUUGUAGAUGGGUCAUAUUCUGCAUGAAGGCCUGUGACCAGUGGUGUGCCUCAGGGAUCUGUUCUGGGACCCCUGCAAUUUGUGAUUUAUAUAAAUGACCUGGAUGAGGAAGUGGAGGGAGGGGUUAGUAAAUCUGCUGAUAACACAAAGGUUGGUGGUGUUGUGGAUAGUGUGGAGGGCUGUCAGAGGUGACAGCGGUACAUUGAUAGGAUGCAAAACUGGGCUGAGAAGUGGAAGAUGGAGUUCAACCCAGAUAAGUGUGGGAUGGUUCAUUUUGGUAGGUCAAAUAUGAUGGCAGAAUAUAGCGUUAAUUGUCAUUCUUUUGGCAGUGUGGAGGAUCAGAGGGAUCUUGAGAUCUGAAUCCAUAGGACAUUCAAAGCUGCUACGCAGGUUGACUCUGUGGUUAAGAAGGCAUACGGUGCAUUGGCCUUCAACUGUGGGAUUGAGUUUAAGAGCUGAGAGGUAAUGUUGCAGCUGUAUAGGACCCUGGUCUGACCCCACUUGGAGUACUGUGCUCAAUACUGGUCACCUCACUACAGGAAGGACGUGGAAACCAUAGAAAGGGUGCAGAGGAGAUUGACAAGGAUGUUGCCUGGAUUACUGAGCAUGCUUUAUGAGAAUAGGUUGAGUGAACUCGGCCUUCUCUCCUUAGAGCGACGGAGGAUGAGAGGUGAGCUGAUAGAGGUGUAUGAGAUAAUGAGAGGCAUUGAUCAUGUGGAUAGUCAGUGGCUUUUUCCCAGGGCUGAAAUAGCUAGAACGAGAGGGCAUAGUUUCAAGGUGCUUGGAAGUAGGUACAGAGCAGAUGUCAAGGUUAAGUUUUUUUCCGCAGAGAGUGGUGAGUGCGUGGAAUGGGCUGCCAGCGGCGGUGGUGGAGGCGGAAAUGAUAGGGUCUUUUAAUAGACGCCUGCAUGGGUACAUGCAGUUUAGAAAAUUAGAGAUCUAGGGGAAAAGCCUUUAAGUAGUUUUAAGUUAGGGACACGUACGUACCCCGUAACUGGCUUGCCAAACCAGCAGAAAUGGAUCACUCAGUCGGAGUCUGGAUUACUGGAACUAAGAAAGUUUUAUUAAAGAAAUAAGCAACACAGUACUCUAAUAGUAAGGAUCUAAAUGCAACAGGUUAGCAAUGAAUAAACACACAUGUACACAGAACUAGGAUAAUAGGAUCAAUCAAGCUCUACCAUCGUCUAGGGGUAAAUGACCAGUUUCAAAGUGACGCAAAGUUCAGUUCAGUUCACAGUAAUCACUGCCGUGCCAGUGGGAGAGAGAGAGAGAGAGAGAGAGAGAGAUUCGGAUUCCAAACAGACCUUCAAUAUUCCUCACAGUCAGCUUUCGGGCGAGCCCUUUGUAAUGUCUUCUGAGGUCACCGACUGUGACCCCUCCGUUUCAGAUACGAUCGUUCCUCUGCAGUGAACCUGGCACCCGGGCAAGGGCGGACACACACCAGGUUCCCGCCGGUCGUACCUUCCCACCCUGUGCGUCUAUGGCUUGGUCCCGCGAUCAGCCCUCCAAAACUCCCACCGACUUGUGGGAGGCGCACCUCUUCCAUGGUCUCGUUACCUCGUGGUGUCAUGUGUGUGCUGCCUUAGCGAACCUGUCCCUUUUUAUCCCCCUGCUGGGGUAUCGCCUGUCCAUCACACUUCAAACAGUUCAGGGUUCAAAAAGAAGCCAAUCUUGACAGCUCUCAGACCGUGUCUCCUUCCAUUAAACUCUCCCGUCUCUUCAUUAACAUUUCCAAAUGCUGCUCCAUUGUCUUCCUUAUCUCUCUUUCUCCUGAAGACACAGGUGGCAGAUCAACUGUUGAUCCCACUGGUGCCAGCACAGGACAGUUAACAUCUUAAUCUAUGUGUACUCUUUGUAACCCUCUUUCGUCACACUAAAGACGGUGUAUAUCAUGGCAGUGAUAGUUAAUCGAAAAAAAAUGCUGUAGCAUCUCUCACAGGUAGUUGAUAAAAACAAGGACGGCAGUGGGCACUUUAUUAUAUACUUCCUGUACCUAAUAAUGUGGCAACUGAGUGUAUGUUCAGGAUCUCUACGCCUGCAUCCCGUCCAAGUUCAAUGUUCGGCUUCUUACGCGUUCUGUAAUGCCCUACUGCACGCCGCACAUGGUUAUUUGAGCUACUUUCGCCUUCCUGUUGAAUUUAAUCAGUUUGGCCAAUCACCUUGAUCUCUUCUCAUUAACAAGGCGUUUUAAGUGCCACUCACCGAAUUUUUUUUUGUUUGUUUGUUUUCUGUACCAUUUGCUGUAAACCAAGCGAUUUGUGUGUGUAAAUCCAAGGAGUGUCAUGGUCCUGUCUGGCAAUUCCCCAUCUUGCUAUUACCUCCUUAAUUGGGCUUUAAUCCCCUCGUCUGAUUUCCAAACAUUCCCAGUUCCAGUAAUUACAGCACACCUGGUUCCCAUUAGCGAACAUAGGAUAAAACCCGGGCGGCGUCGCCAUGCUUUGCCAGUUCGUUGGUCAACUCUAAUGUGAGUAAACCUCGUUUCCUGAUCCCCUGGGGUUGUCAGUUCUAAGCUCCGCAUCAUUUCCUGGAUUCUCUACGUAAACCUUGUCUCGGUGUAAAGACUCUCCUGGAUACCGGUUCCCCGUUCACGGCGGUGCUAACGUCCCAUGACUCUACCUCCGCGCCUGUGUCCUGCACUUGGGUUCAUCCUCAGCCCCGUCCUUGGAACAAGGAAAAGUUUCCAUAAUACUCGUACGAGUUUCCAUAAUACUCGUACCACCCCGUCUGGCAACAGCGAUCAUUCCACGUUCAAAGUUACUUAGAUGGCAUUUAUUCCAGAUUCGGAUGUUUGGCUUAAACAACAACUGAACCUAUUGACUAUAUCGGCAUGUUCUUUGUGCUUUGAGCUGCCGCUACGUGCUUAACAGAUCCACAUUAAUGAACUGUUGUCAUGUGAGCAAUGUUAGCAGGAAGACGCAUCUGAUAGAUGAAAGUAGUCUUUCAUUCGACAAAGUGAACCACUCUCAGAAGGAAGAGGACUGUACGACCAAAUACUAUAUGACAUUUUAUAUGCGUAAGAUCAAAGGACAAUUUUGUAGUUACACUCUAUCGACGACGCUUUCUUUGAGUUACGUACGAACUUCAAACCUCCUUCAGACCCACACUCCAGAAACCCAAAAUGAAUUUUAAUCAGCAUUGUAUGUUUUUUUUUAAUUGCCUGCUGUCCACAAAUCUAGACACCUAUUGUCCAGGGAUGCAUUUUAAAGUUAAUCUACAAAUCACAUUCAGUUCUAAAGAUUAGUUGCUGAAGUUAAUGUUUAGCUCUACACCCUAAGUCCAGAAUAUGCCCUGACAGUCGUUCUUUUUGGCCCUUCAGGAUAAAGGAUAUUUGUUCCAGGGAAAAAAAAACAAACUUUAAUGUGUAUCUAAUCAAACAGGGCAGCAAAAUUGUCCUGUACUUCGGAACCCCUCCGCCAAUUAGCCUAUGUCCAGCAAUAUCUACGCUUUCAUCCAUAAUGGCUUCCUAUAAGGCCCCAGGCAGAGAAUCUCCAAGACAUUUCACCAACAGCCUUUAAAAUGCAGCUUCGUUAUUCGUUCACCCCUUCAUUUUCUGAUAGCCAAAACUCUGCAGUGGCUAUCGGUGGUUACUCUCUGGUCAGGGGCAGCAGCAAGGUAAGUGUAUCAGGCUCACAGGCCCUCUCAUCGACGUACAGGAAGGGGUUGGGUGGUCUCUAUUUGAAUAACUGCAAGCCCCUCUCCCGCUGGCACCCACUUCCGGACGGUCCAGCCCAUCGCUGGCCCAACCAGUGCAAGGGCCCAGCUCAUUUGAAUUCACUCCCCAUUCAGUCUGGAGUGACUGCCUUCAGAUGCGGUAAUCAGUUUAUUCUUUUUUACUGACUGCCAUGUCAUCGAAGUUGUGGAACUUGAUGCCUCUGCGGGAAAUCCGAUCCCUUCACGUUUACUUUCCCAAAUAUAUAUUUUUUUCUAGUCUACGCUGUAAGACUGAUCAUCUGCCUUCAACAACCAGCUGUCAUUAUAGAGUGCUUUCGUCGUUAUACUUCAGCAGACUAUUCACGGUCUACUGUCAUGCUCUCUACCUUCACGGUUUGCUGCCGGCUGCAGCCGUUAGUGCUGCUCAGGCAUCAUGCAGAGGUCUCUAUAAAGACACUGUUACCGGGUACACUUGAUCUCUUUGUUCUGUCUGUGAGGGAGACAAGAAGCUGGGUCACACUUUUCAAAUUGAGUCCACUAUUUCCACUGGCUGCCUUCCCUAGACUGUAAACCAACACAGGCGUUAUCCAUGGGAUUCUAUCCACCUGGGAGUGAAACCUGGCUCUUCAACUAGCUCUCUUACCAUAAAUUGGCGACUUAGCUGUAGGAGGUGUAUCUUUCCUCCCUCGGGUUCUCUCCGAUCCGCAUUAUGUCGCUGCUGCUUUGCUCGAUCCUUCAGUGUUUUACCCCGGUUACAGUGGUCCUUCACAGCACCAUGUAAUCCCGCGAAAUUGGCAUUUGUUGUUUCCUUCCAUUGCUUCUUGUUAUUCCUCUCUCCUCGCACUGAUGUCUUCCCAGUCAUUCCCUUUCGACUCCUUUCUGGUGAGCCUUUACGUUAAUCACUGCUACCUCCUCAGGCAGUGCGCUACUUCCAACAGCUCCUGAGCUCCAAUCCUUUAGAACCUACUGACAUGAUCCCAGACAUCGACCUGUCUCUCCUCCGUGAGGCUGCUGUAUCUCUGUGGGCAUGUCAGAUGCUUUGUGGGUCACACGUGAUCUCUGUCCCUGUCUUUACCUGUCAUUUCUGCCUUACUCAGGGUCUAUCGUCACACCUGCCUUACUCAGUUUGUCUAUUCCCAGGAUUGUACCUUAAUUGUUUGGUCACACCCAGAAAUCUACAGGACGCUGCACUCUCUCAAUCUCUAGCACCUGAGGCUGACUUCUCUCCGCCCUCAUCGUUUCACCUCCGGUACUGAUAAUGUAAAUCGUCUCUCCAGUCCUUUAAGGAGUAGAUCAGUUGUUGAUAUUGACGACAGCGUGUGCACUAACAGCUCACGUAACAUCCCCCCUAAUAAAUCUCUGGUGUGGAGGCUUGGUGCUGAAGUUAGUUGCCGAAGUUAAUAUUUUGCCCUAUACCCUGUCCAGAAUAUGCCCUAAGACCAACAACAGGAUGCUUCUGCACUUCACAACUCAGAAUUAAUGCUGAGCAAUGCAUACUUAGAAGAUCAAAUUUAUUUAAAUUUCGGAGCAUUUAGUUUUGUUUCUUGAAUGAUUACUACAAAAGCCACUGCAAUAUCUUCAGCUACCACUUACCGAAGCCUGGAGUGUACCCAUCUUAUCCAAGUAACUUAUUCACAGACAGGCCUUUCAUCAACUAAAGAUCUUUCAUCAAAGUAAUGGUAUAAUUAUUCACUUCUGACCUGCCAUUUGAAUUCUAGUGUACUGCUGGUUUCUCCCAGAGUGAAGACUGACGCAGAAUGCUUCGUGAUUUCGUCCGCCGUUACUUGGUCCCCAUCAAUUCUCCACGUCAGGGGAAACGUAUUGUAAGGCAAUGAGGCAUCACCAACAGGUGGAGCUUUCCAAGACCAAAGUGUAAACAAGAAGAUGACAAUCAGCAAUUGUCAGUCAGAUCAGAAUGGAUACAGGUAGGAAACGAAAUUGGUUAUGGAGAUUACACAAGAGAUUCUUCCCAGGCAGCUCAUCGGGAGAAGAUGAUCAGGACACGGGAAGCAAGGUACCAAAGCAGGAUCAGAUUGAGAGCAAUGUCCCAAUAGAAUGCAGUCCGGCAGCAGAGGAAGGGGAGCAAAGUCAGCCCAGAGACAGUGGCGUCAGGAACACUGAUCGGGACCCUGGAAUCGGUACAAAUGAAGCGACUGUCUGUCAGCUCGGAAGCUCAUUAAACAUGGAAUUGUCAAGUCCCCAACAAGGAGCGGAGCCAAAGUUUACAAUCUCUAACCUCCUGGCAGAAGGGGAUGAAUAUCGACUGUACAAACUGACAAAAUUCUACAGGGACAGACUGAAACAAGCGCUAGAAGGAGGUGUUGAAACACUCAGUUGGAUGUUGAGACAGGAAGGUCAUUUCAGUGCACAAGAACAUGAGAAGGUCAUUGAACUGACCGAGAAGGAAAAGCGGACAGAAUGUUCCAGACUCUUCCUCAGUUUGGUGAUGGACAAAGGCUCCUGGGCCCGGAGGGUGAUGUGGGAAUCCUUUGUGAAAAAAAGGAUUGUAUUACCGAAGUUGGACAAAAUACUAGGCGAAAUCCAGGAGCUCGGCCCUGAUCCAGAGGAAUACAUGAGCAUCGCCCGAGUGUUAGCUGAGUUACCCACUCAACUGAUAAAUGUUCAGCGGAAACACAAGGAGACUCUGCGGUUACAAACUGAAACGCUGAGAGUGAACACGAUCCUGAUGCAGGUGAAGGUGAAGGUUUUCCAGCUGGUUGAUCGAUACGCUGAACUCACGGUCAUUUCUACUGUUCGAGAUCGGAGACUGGUGGAACAUGAGCUGCUGGCGAGAGGCAGAGACCACGAGGAGUGGAGAAAACAACAUCUCCGCAGAGAGCUGGAAAAACUCCGGACUGAUCAGUUGUUCCAGAGCAGCUUUUCCCGGAGUAACUCCAAAUCUGGGAGUUCGGCGGCAUUGGCCGGAAUCCCGGGGAUUGGGAAAACAACAAUGGUGCAAAAGAUUCUUUAUGACUGGGCAAUAGGAAAAAUAUACCAACAGUUCCAGUUUGUCUUCAGUUUCAAGUUCCGGGAUUUAAAUGCCAUAAACUGCAGAAUAAACCUGAGGGAACUGAUUCUGGAUCAGUAUCCGUACUUUGGGAAUAUCCUGAGAGAGGUCUGGAAGAACCCAGAGGGAUUGCUGUUUAUAUUCGAUGGUUUGGAUGAAUUCAAGCACAAAAUCGAUUUUGCUGACAGUCGGAGAGAUACAGAACCAAAGCACCAGUGCCCAGAUCCCGAGUGGUGGUGUGAGGUGUCUGACAUUGUGUACAGUUUAAUCCAGCACAAGCUGCUCCCAGGGUGUUCAGUGCUGGUGACCACCCGCCCCACUGCGUUACAUUUAUUGGAAAAGGCUGAGAUCAGUGUUUGGGCUGAAAUCCUGGGAUUAGUUGAUGAGAAACGGAAGGAAUAUUUCAUCAGACAUUUUGAAGAUCGGACAGUGGCGGCAGCUGUUUUCAAACACGUGAAGGAAAACGAGAUCCUGUCCACCAUGAGCUACAACCCCUCCUACUGCUGGAUCCUCGCUCUGGCACUGGGACCCUUCUUCACACAACGAUUCAGGGACGCGCAGCGGGUUCCUAAGACCAUCACCCAACUGUACUCCUACUAUAUUUACAACAUCCUGAAAAACCACGGCCGUGAGAUUGAGAACCCCCGUGAGGUGUUACUCAGGGUUGGUCAGAUGGCCUUCAGAGGAGUGUCUGAGAGGAAGAUUGUGUUUACAGAUGGAGAUUUGAUCAAGAACAAUCUUCAGCCUUCCCUGCUCCUGUCCGGGUACUUGAUGGAGAUAUUAGAGAGAGAAGAUGCUCCCCGGUGUGUGAUGUACACAUUCCCACACCUCACCAUUCAAGAGUUUGUCGCUGCGGUAGCACAAUUCCUGAUCCCAGAUCGCAGAGAUAUUAUGAAACUCCUCACGGAAGCCCACAACACGACAGAAGGGCGAUUUGAGGUAUUUCUCCGUUUUGUUGCUGGUCUCUCCUCCCCAAUGACAGCUCGGAGCCUGGAGAAGUUUUUGGGUCCAUUUCCUCAGGAAACAACCUGCCAGGUGAUUGACUGGGUGAAGGAGGAGGUUAAACGCCAGAGUGGGAGCACAGAGUGUGAAGAAGGUAAAAGGAGCCUCCUGAACACAUUGCACUACCUGUUUGAGUCUCAGAAUCGUUGGCUGGCUCAGGCUGCACUGGGAUCAGUGGAAACACUUCCGUUCAGUGGAAUGACACUGACCCCGAUUGACUGCCUGGUCCUGUCUCAUGUCAUCGGACUCUGUGAUACCAUAAAACUCGACAUCAGUGAUUGCCACAUUCAGUGUGAAGGAAUCAAGCUGGGACCCGGGCUGCACAAGUGCCAGGAGUUGAGACUUGGGGCGAAUGAACUGAGAGAUUCAGGAGUGAAACUGGUGUCUGCGGCUCUGAGGAACACGGAGUGUAAAAUACAGCAACUGUGGCUGUACAAUGUCGGUCUCACAGAUUUUGGUGCCGAGGAUCUCGUCUCCGCUCUCAAUGCAAACCGAUCACUGGUGGAGCUUAAUCUGAGUGAAAAUGAACUGCGUGAAUCAGGAGUGAAACUGGUGUCUGCGGCUCUGAGGAACCCGGAGUGUAAAAUACAGAAACUGGGGCUGAGCAAUGUCAGCCUCACAGAUUCUGGUGUCGAGGAUCUCGCCUCCGCUCUCAGUACAAACCCAUCACUGACGGAGCUGGACCUCAGUGUUAAUAAACUGGGAGAUUUCGGAGUGAAACUGAUGUCUGCGGCUCUGGGGAACCUAGAGUGUAAAAUAGAGACACUGUGGCUGAGGAAGGUCGGUCUCACAGAUUUUGGUGCCGAGGAUCUCGUCUCCGCUCUCAGUACCAACAGAUCACUAACAGAACUGAACCUGGGAAUUAACUCCCUCACAGAUCGAUCAGUCCCCGCUCUCCGUCGCCUCAUAGUGACCCUCCCGAGUCUGGAGUGGAUCCGACUGGUGGGGAAUCGGUUCAGUGAGACCGGGGAGAAGGAACUAAGAUCUCUGCAGGAGCUCAGACCCGGAAUGAUAGUGAUCCUUUGAACAUCUGAAUGUGUGAACAUCCCAUUCUUAUGGUGACAUUUUGGCCGAUUCCUCGUCUUCCCCUUUAAUGGCCGCGCCCAGGCUUGAUUCCCAAAGAUUCUAAUGGAACUGGCUCUAGACUCACGCUUACACGAGGAAAUCUGCAGAUGCUGGAAUUUCAAGUAAAACACAUAAAGUUUGCUGGUGAACGCAGCAGGCCAGGCAGCAUCUCUAGGAAGAGGUACAGUCGAUGUUUCGGGCCGAGACCCUUCGUCAGGACUAACUGAAGGAAGAGCUAGAGGACUUAAAACUA